AUGUCUAACCAGCCCUCCGCGAGAUGGCAGCCUAUACAGCCUGUUCCUGCAGCCCAACCACCAGUUGCUCCGGCAGUUAAGCAUGAGACCAACGCUGAGAUCCCGCCAGAGUCGGGCCAAAGCUCCCAGGCUGUAUCAGUGCCGGCAAUGCCUCAGUUCCCUAAACUCGAAGCUGAUCCUGAAAUCCCAAGUUACCGAACCCGGGUCAGUUCCGGCCACACUCAGAUAGACUGGUCAGGGUUCUCGUAUGAAGAUGAAGGAAGGCUUUACCAGGGCUAUGAUCCAGGCGCGUAUUCUCUACCAAAUGACGGAGCAGAGCAGGACCGUCUAGAUUUCCAACAUACUAUAACCGGAUUUAUUCUAGAUGGGAGGCUGAAUCUAGCGCCUAUUGUGUCACCGAAAAACGUCCUUGACAUCGGAGCAGGAACCGCCGAGAGAAAUCCAGACUGUCUCGUCACGGGGACGGAUCUGUGUUUGAUACAGGCGCCUCCUAACACGAGCAACUGCAUCUUCAUCCUGGAGAACUCGGAGACCCAGGAGUGGGCGUUCCCGUAUACCUUUGACUACAUCCACAUACGCAACGUGGGGCCCUGCUUUGACGAUAUUCGCACGGUUCUCCGCAAGUCGUACGAGUUCAUGACGCCCGGAGGCUGGAUCGAGCUGCAGGACGGGGACUGGCAGCCCAAGUCGAUCGACGGCAGCCUCGAGGGCACGGCGCUGCAGCGCUGGUUCGGCAUGGUAAUCGCGGCCGGGCAGCGCAUGGGCCGCGACAUGCUGACGGCGCCGCAGUUCAAGGACAACCUGCUGCAGUCGGGCUUCGUGGCCGUGCAGGAGAACGUGUACCAGAUCCCCAGCAGCGCGUGGGCCCGCGGCGGAAAGGCUAAGCGGCUGGGACGGUACGUCACAACCGUGUGGCUCGACAUCGUCGACAGCUACCAUAAGUUUCUCCUUGCCGCUGGCCACUCGCUGGCGGAUGUCGACGAGCUGGUCCCUGCUGUCAAGAGAGACCUUCUGGACCUGCGCAUACACUGGCAUCUCGAAACGUACUUCGUGUACGGGCGGAAAUGUCUGCCCCGGUACGGAGAGAACUUGCCAAUGCCAUCGGAACUGAUUAUGCAACGACCCGCAUUCUGA